AUGCUUCAAUCGUUAUUACAACCAAGGGAUAAUCAGAGGCCGAAGAUGAUCGGUGCGAUGCCAGCGGUGGCUGUGCGCCACGAACGCCGGCGCGCAGAGAAGCGAAACACUGCUGCAUUAGGGCGGAGACCCUCGCAACUGCCCCUGCAGAUUAACCGCCCACUGGACGCGGAUGCCACGCCUUCACCAGAUCAUCACCGUCUAAGAAAUGAGCUGUAUGUUUGCGGCAGGGUGAGUGAAGUGGCUGCUCUGCAUGCAGUGGUGGGAUCUUUGCUUCUCGGGAUUGUGGUACUGGUAGUGGGGUUGGUGCAGUUAUCACCGGGUGCGGAAGCAGCUCAACACCGCUACUAUCUAAUGGGCGCUGGCGCUGCGCUUGUUGGUGCUGGGGUCCUUGGAGCUGUGCUAAGGUGCAUUUGUCUACAUUGGUACAACCGCAAACUGCGCGAAGAAGCCGAAGAGGACCUGGAACCGACGACACAACACAAGAACGGAGUCAGCACAGUGGAAGACGGCCACGAUCACAAGGGCGGCCACCAUGAUCAUAAAGGAGGUCAUGACCAUAAGGGUCACGAAAACAAGGCAAGUCACGAUCAUAAGGGUGGCCACGAGCAUAAGACAGGACACGACAAGGUUAUUCACGAGGCUAAAUCUGAGCAAAAACCGAAGCUGAAAGCUCAAGCCAGCGUCGGUCGCGACGUGGAUCUCAUUAAGCAGCCGUCUGCCGCCAGCGACACCUAA